GGACAGGAAGCAAUCGCCUCAUCCACCGCCUCUGCAUUCCAGAACUUUCUUUCGCCCCUCUAACAUCGUACCAUCUUAAGGCUUAUAGACGACAGCAGGCAGCGGCACACUCACUCGUCCACCCAAGGUAGCGGAGAGCCCAGAAGAAGAAAGAGAAAGAAAUGUUCAAGAAGGCAGCGGAAGUGAAGUCACAACAGCGUCUAUCUGGCGCCGACCGGAAGAAGCUAAGGCGAACUGUUGCAGCCCGCUUUCCUAAUGCCUCCGAUGCCGAUAUCGAUUCCUUACUUCCUCCUAAGGCAGAGAUAACUGUUUCCAAGUAUCCAAAUCGAAUUCUUGUAUAUUGUGUGGAGGGUGCCCAUCCCAUGUUUUUCGAUAUUGAUGGGCGUGGCACAGAAAUAUUGCCCACAGUUUAUGCUCUUUGGAAGGUCCCGGAACUUUUGCCUGCAUUUUGGCUGAAAGGGGGUGAAGUUUCUCAGUAUGUACUUGGUGGGGCAGAUUUGAUGUUCCCUGGCGUUUACAUACCUGCUGAAGGUCUUCCAAAUUUUUUAGCCGGGGAGCCAUGGGCAGUGAAAGUUCCUGGCAAUCCUGCUCCAAUAGCUGUUGGAUUGACCAUGAUGAGUGCCACUGAAGCUUCAAAAGCUGGUUUACGCGGAAAGGCCUUAAAAAUUAGUCAUUACUAUGGAGACACACUUUGGGAAUCAGUAGAAAAUCCUUAUGUUCCAAAUGCUGGUUUUUUUGAAGAUGUUGUCUUCGAGGAUCCUGCUUUUGUAUCGGCUUGUGAGGCUUCGGAUUCAUGUGAAGGUGAUGUUUCAGUUGAUGAUGGAAAUGCAGUCAACAAUGAAGAAAUUGGAGAUGUGGUGGAUGUUAAAGAUGAUCAGUCCGCUGGUGCUGCUUCUACAGCUCUAACUGAUGUGGCAAAUGAAAUUACUGAGCAGUUAGUCUCGGGUCUGGGUGAUUUGAAGAUGAAUGAAACUGAUGCAACAGAUGAAUUGAAUGCUGUGGACCAACAUUCAUUAUCUAUUGAGGAUGUUGAUGCAUUAUUGGACAAGUGCCUUUUGCAGGCCUUGCACACAACAGUCAAGGAGAAUGACCUUCCCAUGCCUGGUAGUUCUUUAUGGUCAGGUCAUGUGCUACCUUGCAGGCCUUCAGGUGUUACAUUAGAUAUAAAGAAAUCCUCUUACAAGAAAUUGUCAAAGUGGCUACAAGCUAAAGCCUCUGCAGGACUUAUUUCAGUAAAAGAAGAUAAACAUAAAAAGGAGGCGACAUUGUUUUCGGUUAAUCGUAGUCAUCCAGACUAUGAAUCCUUCAGGCCAGAGAAAAAGAAAGCGGUGAAGGGCGGACAAUCAACUGUGACACAAGGUAUCCAUGAAGGACAGGCACCUAAAGUAUUUGAAGUGUCUGAGGUUUACAAACCAAGUGUUCAUGUGAACCCUAUUUUUAUCUCUGUUGGUGUGGAGCUGGGGAAAUUUUUUAGUGCUCCUGAAGCCUCUGAUAUUGUCUUCCAGUAUGUUGAAAAACAAAAUCUUGUCAAGCCAACAGACAGAUCCAUGGUGACUUUAGAUGCAACUCUUUGUGAUGCUUUAUACAAAGGGGCCAUAAAGAAAGGAUCAACCUAUCCAACAGAAAUUCAUAAGAAAGAUUUAGGAUCAACUUUUAUUAGUCGGAUGCAAGCCCAUCACAGAGUAACAAGGGGCAGUGAAACUGUUGUUCGCAAAGGUGGUUUAAAGCCAAUUCAGAUAAUGACUGAACGGAGGCAGGGUAACAAGAAAGUUACGAAACUUUCGGGAUUAGAAUCGUUUUUAAUAGAUGCUGAGGCAUUAUCUUCAGAGCUGCAGAAGAAGUUUGCUUGUAGUACCACUGUGGCAGAACUGCCUGGAAAGAAGGGACUCGAAGUUUUGGUUCAAGGGGGUGUGAUUGAUGAUCUUGCAAAACACCUGAUUGAGCAAUGCAGAAUACCCAAGAGAUAUAUCGAAGUUCUUGACAAAACAAAGAAAUGAGAUUUCAGGUUAGUUUUCAAAAGUUUUCAGGGAUGGAAGAUUUUGGAGCAGCCAUUCCGGGCGACAUGGUUUGCAUCUGGCGAGAAUUGACACUUUUUGUAAAUUUUUCCUUAAUUAAAAUGACGGGUUGAUUACAGUAACCCUUUAAGGUUUAGCCGGUUUUUUUUUUUCACUUCAAUCCCCUUAGCUUGGGUUAAUUUUGUCCCCAUUUUUAUGUUGGCUUUUCGUUCCCGUCCUUCAUCCUUAAAAUUAAAUUACCCCUGUGACUGCGACUAAA